ACUGGUACAAUUCGUCGAUGAGUUUAUCGAUCCCGACAGCGGCAGCCGCCGCCGUAGUGUGUCCGACUAGACAGGGACAGCAGCACGACGGAGCUGCGAUUCUUACCCCCAAACUACAGUCGCCACACAGCCAGUACCAGCCGUCCACAUCGAAAGCCGUCGCGUCUGGGGAUGGCAACGUCGUGCGCGGUUCAUUCCCGUCAAACACCUCGGUGGUUCUCCUCCAGCACGCUCGCUCAGAAACUCCGAGCUUGCCGCUCGAACAUGAUGCCGCGGCCAUUGCUAGUUCGGGCCAUCGUAUGUGCUUGCAUGGUACGUGGACCUUGCUAUCGUCCGUCGCGAUCGCCGCUACCUUCGUCUGUGUCAUCGUGUUUUUUGGCACCAACGGAGCCCUCUUCCUCUCGUCGUACCUCGUGUCCAUCCUGAACUACGAAAUGUCAUGGUACUCGUACGCGAUCAUCCAGACGUUGCUACGGCCGUUCCAGCUGUACUUCGAAAUGGACGUUCUGGCCCCAUACCGCGACACGAGAAAGGCCACGACCGUCGCGGACUCGUGGGGUGCGCGGGCCGGUAUCUCUGCCUCUGUCAUGACCGUGAUUGUGUCCGCGCUCGUCAUGCUGCUUUCAUCCGGCUUCGUUGCAGUGUUACAGCUCUUUGCCAACCUCUGGCCAAGCACGUCGACGUUUUUCCUGAUCCUUGCGUACGUCGCGUCGACUUCGUUCGUCGCGGUGGUGUGCGCCAUGCUCACACCGACCCCCAUGGACGGCGUGAUCUUGCUGCUGCAGCAGUUCUCUUUCAGCAUGUACUCGUUAAACUCGUUCUUCGACUUCCGCGAGUCCGUCGACAACACGGUCCGUCAGUUCGUCCUCAUCGAGGGCGGCUAUUCGAUUGCCGUGACCUUUGUGCCAAUCGUGAUCCUGCGCAUCCUCCGUUCGACUGAAAUUGCGCGCACCGGCCUUACCCUGCUCCUGGACCUGUUUUGCCUGCAGUACAUCCCGUCGCUCCUCAUGUUGUUUGGCGCUAUGGUCGAUCAGCUCCUUCAGCCAGACAUCAACCCAGUCACUGGCAUCCCGGAUCAAGGCUUGUUCGUCGUGGUGAGCUGCUUUCUCGUGUUGUGGACGACAGACUUAACGACAGCGCUCCUGCCAUCGCCUUCCCAGCCCGGGUCGUGGGUCAAGCAGUGGACAGUGGUUCUCGUCGGCAUCGUGGCGUCGAUUUUAGCCAACGUUGUCGUCAAAGUCGGGAUCGCCCCCGCCGAGAUUCCUCUCCUCGAGUGGUACCACAUCGUCCUGAUGGUGCUGGGGAGUUGCUUGUACCAUGUCGGCGCCAUGUUUGCCACGCUGCUGCGGUCGUUAGCCAAAAACGACGCGUCGUUGCGUACCAAGUGGCUCGUUCGGGUGCAUUAUUUCUUGCUCCUCGGGUUUUUUCUCGCCGUGUACGAGCGCGUCGAGUGGUCGUCGGCGUACUCGACGACGCUGAAUGCCGACAUUGCGCAUCUCGUGCAAAAGUGGCAACGCCUCGACAACGUGUCGUACAACGAGUACCAGGACUCGCAGAACCGAUACGACUUUCUCGCGUCCGUCGUUCGGAUCUUCCAAAACGUCAACAUGCCGUACACGCCGGACGAGCUCAGCGGGAUGUUUGUCCAAACGACGCAGCGAUUCCUCGUCGACGUCGGGACGUGCAUCGUCGAGUCGAUCGAAGCCAACGUGACGGGCAAGGAGUGCUUCAGUGGGUUUCCAAACUUGUGAGUUAAUUUAUGUGUCAAGUUCGA